UGAUACAACCCAGAAUUUGCACUGUGUCUCUUCUACAAGCCUUAAACGUUUGGAUAGGACACUGGCUUUCCCUGAUGGCUUUCAUCUGCCUUUCCAAGUGAUAAUCAAGUGCCAGCAUGCUGUCCCUUGGCCUUAUCGGUGACAAGUUCUUCAGAAGGAACAAGCCCAUUAACGUUAAGUCAUUGUGUGCAAGGGAUAGGCCACAUCAGCCAGCAGUUGAUUACCUUCUCCCUGCUCCUCUCGUCCCAUCCUACAUUGCUGAGGAGGAGUCUUUGAGACCUAAUUAAGAUCUGUUUCCCUGCUCUGUCACAGUGCCCUUAAGGACUGCCAGGCAAUAAUGAAGGUUCUUUUACUGAAAGACCCUAAGGAGGACGACUGUGGCCAGGAUCCGUACAUCAGGGAAUUAGGAUUAUAUGGAUUUGAAGCCACUUUGAUCCCUGUUUUAUCAUUUGAGUUUUUGUCUCUUCCCAGUUUCUCAGAGAAGCUGUCUCAUCCUGAAAGUUAUGGGGGACUCAUUUUUACCAGCCCCAGAGCAGUGGAAGCAGUGCAGCUGUGUUUGGAGAAAGACAAUAAAACUGAAGUCUGGAAAAAGUCUCUGAAAGAACAAUGGAAUGCUAAGUCGGUGUAUGUGGUUGGAAAUGCUACUGCUUCUAUAGUGAAUAAAAUUGGCCUGGAUACAGAAGGAGAAAACUGUGGAAAUGCAGAAAAGCUUGCAGAAUAUAUUUGUUCCAGAGAGUCAUCAGCACUGCCUCUUCUGUUUCCCUGUGGAGCCCUCAAAGGAGAAAUCCUGCCGAACAUGCUCAAAGACAAAGGGAUUCCCAUGGAAAGCAUAACUGUCUACCAGAAGAUUCCACACCCAGGAAUCCAGGGGAACCUGAGCAGCUACUACUCCCAACAGGGCAUUCCAGCCAGCAUCACAUUUUUCAGUCCCUCUGGCCUUACGUACAGUCUCAAGCAUAUUCAGGAGUUAUCUGGUGACAGCAUUGAGCAAAUUCAGUUUGCAGCCAUCGGCCCCACCACAGCUCGUGCCCUGGCCGCCCACGGCCUGCCUGUGAGCUGCACCGCAGAGAGCCCCACGCCGAGAGCCCUGGCCGCUGGCAUCAGGAUGGCGCUUCAGCCCCACCGCUGCUGAGUCAGCCUCCCUGUGCCGGCCCGCUCCCCCAUGGGCCGGGGACGACGUGCUGCUGCCCCG